GGGCGAACCUGCUGUGGCCGCGAUGGGACCAGCGCACAGAAAUGACAGUCUGUCUUGGAAUUGGGACUAAAUUAUACUCAAAGGACAGGGAUCGAGGAAGGAGCCUGGUUGGGUUAUCGGAGACAUUCCAUGUAUUAAAAUAGUUUUUUUAUUAGUUGAUCUACAAGAAGAUAUGGAUCCAAACGGAGAGGGGAAAGUUAACCUGGUUGCCUUUGAAUAUUUCCGGUGUUCAUUGUAACCCACGAUUAAAUACAUGUAAGUUGAAAUGAUACCACUACCGGACCUUGAAAUUGAAUGCAACGAUAAAAGAGAAGGGAACCAACUGGGAAGAUAACGGAAUUACCACUCGAACCAUGCGCUCACGCAUCUAGGGCAGUCCUAAAAACUGUCUUGAGGGGACAAUUCACAAAGACGGGCUUGCAUUGGACAAAAGUGUGACCUCGGGACGUUGUUGUGGAUUGUAUUGCUAUUUAAUGCAAUGGGCUGUAUCCAGAGUAUCAGGUGUAAGCCCAAGAGUUUCCGUGAAAGUAUCAUCGUUCUCGAGGUGAACUCCUCCAUUGACUCCACGCCAACCAGCAUCGACGAGUCAUCCAGUGUGGUUCUGCGCUAUCGGACACCGCACUUCCGAGCCUCUGCUCGGGUACUAGUGCCGCCCGUGGCCGGUAAAGAGACGUGGACCGUUGGCUGGAUUCAAGCAUGCAACCACAUGGAGUUCUACAACAAAUAUGGAACCAAAGGGAUGUCGAGCUGGGAACUCCCUGACCUACGGGAUGGCAAGAUCCAGGCCAUCAGCGACUCGGACGGCGUCAACUACCCGUGGUAUGGCAACACCACGGAGACGUGCACCAUCGUGGGUCCCACCAAGAAGGCCACCAAGUUCACGGUCAGCAUGAAUGACAACUUCUACCCCAGCGUUACAUGGGGUGUGCCUGUGAGCGAUAGCAACCUGCCGCAGCUCAGCAGCAUCCGCCGCGACCAGAGCUUCACCACCUGGCUGGUGGCCAUCAAUCAGUCCGAGACCCUGGUGCUGCAGACCAUCCGCUGGAGGAUGCAGCUCCACGUGGAGGUUGACCCGGACAAGCCUCUGGGCCAGAGGGCCACGCUGCGUGAGCCUGUGGCCCAGGAGCAGCCCCACGUCCUGGGCAAGAACGAGCCCAUCCCCCCCAAUGCCAUGGUCAAGCCCAACGCCAAUGACGCUCAAGUGCUCAUGUGGCGGCCAAAGACCGGGGACCCCAUCGUGGUCAUCCCGCCCAAAUAUUGAAUGAACUUGGGGGGUUAAACACUCUUCCUCUUCUCCCACUCCUCUACCUACUCUCACUUUUCAUUUUCUCUCUCUUUACCUACUUUUCUUUUUUCUCCUUUUCUCCUUGCCUCAAGCUCCUU